UAUCUUUGUAACGUACUUUCGUUUUCUUCAAUCGACCAAAUAUUCUGUUUGUUCCUAAUUUCCACUUUAAUAAAUGCAUGAUAAAACGACUUAAUAAUAUAAAUCUUUAUAUUUUAAGUCACGAAAUUUAAUUUGUAAAGUCGAAAGUUGGCUUGCAAGCCGAGGAUAUAAAUUUUUAUCGUUAUCGAUCGAAGUCCAAGCAUUUUUCUUACUUUAUUUUUAUAAUAAAUUAUGAAGAGGGCAAAGUCCAAAAGGUAUACCAUGAUUACAAUAUAAUAUACAAAAUUGACCAGCCUAAUGUCAAUACAACACCUGACGCUUCAACCUGUCUGAGUUGCUAGCCACACGAAAGGGCUAACGCCAGUAAAAUUAUACUAAAUUAUUAUUAUAGUCAUAGAAUUUUUAGUGAUAGUAACUGUAGAGUGUAGAAGUAGAGUAACGCCGUUCUCAGUAGUCAAUUUCAAUUUAGUUUUUAGACAAUUUUAAAUUUAUAAUAUAUAGUCAGUUGUUUUAACAAAAUCAAAAUAAUUAUUAGUAAUUAGUAUUUAGUAAGUAAAAGUAGGGACUUAGACCUAACUAACAUUUACAAAAUACUAACAGUUAUCAGUGAGCCUAAGCCUAGGCUUAGACUUAGGUGUAAGUCUAAUCUAAUGUCAGUAUUUAUGUGAAUGUUAGGGAGUUGUUACAUUGUUACUAACUUACUAAAUUGACAGGACAAGCAAGAUUGCAUUUAAAUGUUUAUAUUUUAUAAGUUUAUAAUAACAAUACUUACUUUAUUACCUUCUCAGUAUAGUUGUCGGUAGUAAUCUAAAAUUCUGUGUAUUUGUGAUUGUCUGACUUAAUUUAUAAUAUUUUACUAAAUUCUAGAUUUGAGCACUAUAGUCUGCUAUAGUCUAGUAUAGUCUGUAGCAUCUGAAAUUCUAAACUUGAGCUAUACUCAAACAAGGCCAUAGCAUUUGACUGUAGGCAGUAUUGUAUCAAUAAUUUAACAAUUGAUUAGAUACUAAUCGGUCUAAGCUAGAUAGACCUACACAUCAUUCAUCAUGUUGAAAAAUCUGGUGUCAAAUUCAAAACAAAUGCAACAGUUGAUUGUUCCUCUAAUAUCGACAGGUAGAGGUAAUCUUGGUUUAUAUUGUAUUUUAAGUUUUGUUUGAAAUAUACUAACAUUUAAAAAGAUAUAGGCCUAUGCGGCUGUCACUGAUAGGAGCUUUACUGAUUUAUAGCCUGUAAUUGUUUGUUCCAGUGUAUUUUUUUAGUGUAUCUUUUGAGAUUUCUUCACCUUAUCCUUUAUGGUAUAAUCAAAAUUUUAAAAAGCAAUAAAUCCAGACAAGAAAUUGAUAUUGCACUGAUUUUGCCUUUAUGAUUAUUUGACAGAUCACAAACAGUUUUUCAAAAGAAUAUUGAUAUUAAAAAGAACAAUGAGUUCCACUGCGACUCCAUCCUAUGAUUUCCAAACCCUUAAGGUAACAAGUCCUGCAGAAUUUGUUAAACAAGUAGAGCUCAACCGCCCAGACAAACGUAAUGCUAUGAACACUGCAUUUUGGAAGUAGGUUUAUUUUACUCCAUUACAAUUUAAACGUUAAAAUGGAUCUGCCGAUUUAUCAAAUAAUUUCGAUCUCUCUCUAUCUUAUAUUUUUGUCAAUCUCUCAAAAGUCUAGCUUCGUAUGGAAAACCUUACUUGAGGCAUAAUAAGAUAUUAGUUCCAAAACUUGUUAAACUGAAGGCUUCUUAAAGUUGCAUGCUGUGCACAAUAUUUGUUUAUUUAUUAGAAAACCAUUCACUACAUAACUACAUAAACAAAUCUACUCUUCCUAAGAAAUUGAAAAAGUACAACACUAGAGCAAUAUUCCGCAAAGACAUAUUUCUUCUUUAGUUCUAAAAAUUUUGUUUCUUCAAUCUCAAUUUUAUUUGAGCCUUAUUUGAAACAAAUCAGACAUCUUUAUGAAGCGUUUUCUUUUCUGUUUUAUUUUAUAUUUGUAAAAGCUGAAAUUCCCUUUACACAAAAUGUCACGGAGAACAUUUGAAAAAUAAAUCUAUCUAUAAAAGUAUCAGAAUAUUGAUAAAAUUUUUGUUUAAAAUCUUGUUGUAAUCAAGGUUUGAAUUAAUAUCUGUAAUCUAUAAUUUUCUGUAAACAGGGGAUUAAAAUUACGCUGAUUAAUUUUUCUACUCUGCAAUUGUAAGAAACGAUAUUAGUUUAUAAAUGUUCUAUGAGUGUUUGAAUUUGAAUUUUAUGCUUCAUCAAUUUCUAUCAGUUUUUAAGGACUUUAUCGACAAAACAUUGGGAUAGUCAUCAUGUGCAUUGAAAAGUUAAAAGAUUUUAUCAUUCAGCUUCAUUUUACUUUUUUUAAUGCAAUGAUUUUCUUAUUUAGCCCGCAAAGUUCAGUGAUCACAAUUAGCCAUUAGGCCAUUAAGUGUUGUGAUUUCAUGUCUCUGCAUAGAUUGAAACAAAUUAUGAGCUGAAACGUGUUGCUGAAUAAAUAGCAUAAUUUCAAUAAGUAUGAAGAUACCUUUACAAAUUACAAUGCAAGACAAAUAUGAAAUAUUAACACUUUUCAUAAUCAUAGAUAAAGUUUGAAAAUGUAUAUUUCUCUAGACACUUUUCAUAAUCAUAAAGUUUAAACAUGUCUAGUCAAUAGUUGUCAAGACACUUUUUAAAAUCUUAAAGUUUAAGCAUGUCUAAUUGAUAGUUGUCUAGACACUUUUCAUGAUCAUAAAGUUUAAACAUGUCUAGUCAAUAGUUGUCUAGACACUUUUUAAAAUCUUAAAGUUUAAACAUGUCUAGACACUUUUUAAAAUCUUAAAGUUUAAACAUGUCUAGUUGAUAGUUGUCUAGACACUUUUUAAAAUCAUAAAGUUUAAACAUGUCUAGUCAAUAGUUGUCUAGACACUUUUCAUGAUCAUAAAGUUUGAACAUGUCUAAUAAUAACAAUGAUAAAGUUUAUUUCAAAAACACGCCUCAUCCCCAAAGGCUCGAAGCGCGGUACAAAGUUUUAAAAAAAAUAAUAAUAAUUUACCACAUUUAAAACAAACGCAACACUACAAAAACUAAUUACAAGCAUACCAAGUCAAAGUCUUUCUAGCCAUUUCAACCCUGAGCAACAGAGCCAAUAUGCAUUAAAUGGAAAAUAUGGUAGACAAUCAUCCCAGAAAGUGUUUGCGAAAUAAAUGUGUCUUUAAAUUGGUUUUAAAGGACUCCAGUGUCUGGUUGAUCUGAGAUCGACUGGAAGGGCGUUCCAAAUUGUUGGACCAGCAAAUGCGAAAGUGCGCCUUCCGUAAGUCUCAAGACAAACACGUGGUGUCGAGAGUUGACUAUACAGUCAAUAGUCAACUAUGGUCAAUAGUUGUCUAGACACUUUUCAUGAUCAUAAAGUUUGAACAUGUGAAGUUGUCUAGUAUGGUUUUAUAAUCCAAACACUAACAAAAUUAAAACCAUGUGAAUAUUUAUUAUUCAAAACUUAUGGGCUAUUAAUAUUAAUUUCUGAAAUUAGCCAGCAGCUGUGCUCUUAAUUAUUAAUGCUGAAUGUAUAAUCAACCUGAAUUGCAACUCCCUCUUUCUGAAAUAUUUAGAUUAUUGGUCAUAUCUUAGUUUACAUACUCAAGGUGUUAACAAUUAUCAUAAUAAGUGGGGGGGGGGACUGUAACAAUAUUAUAAUAAGUGGGGAGAGACUGCAACAAUAUUAUAAUAAGUGGGGAGAGACUGCAACAAUAUUAUAAUAAGUGGGGAGAGACAGCAACAAUAUUAUGAUAAGGGGGAGAGACUGCAACAAUAUUAUGAUUAGGGGGGAGAUACUGUAACAAUAUUAUGAUAAGGGGUGGAAACUGCAACAAUAAUAAUACUAAUAAUAAGUGGUCUUAUAUAGCGCAGUACCCCGGCCUAGGGCUGGGCUCACCGCGCUGUACAUAUAUAACAAAGAGGCAUAAUCAUAAUAUUAAAAUAAAAUACAUAAAUGAAAUCAAAACAACAUAUAAGCAAAACAACACCAUAGGUCUAUUCAUCCACCCACACCAGACAUUUUUACAAGGAAACCCAUGUACGUUUAUCGGUUUAUAGGAGGGGAAUCAGUCAGAGUAGUAGAGUUUAAAUAGAUGUGUUUUGAGUGCAGUUUUGAAGGCCUGUGUGGUUGUUAUAUUGCGGAUGUGUAGUGGCAAAGAAUUCCAUUGUUUGGGGGCGCAGAAAGAGAAAGAUCGUUCACCAUAUAAUUUAGUGCGUGUCUUGGGAACGGACAGAAUACGCGAGUCUGCGGAGGAGCGAAGUUGUCGAAGGGGUGAAUAGACAGAAAGAAGUUCAGUUAGAUAGGAAGGGCAGGAAUCCGAGAAAAAGUUGUGACAGAGAAGAGACAGCUUGUAGUCAAUGCGUGCCUGUAUAGGGAGCCAAUGUAGUGAGUGGAGUAGUGGAGUGACGUGAUCACGUUUUUUUGCCUUAAGAACAAGCCUAGCAGCAGAGUUUUGAACUUUCUGCAGUUUUUCUAUAAAAUGUUUCGGUGAACCUGACAGAAGUGAGUUGCAAUAGUCAAGACGAGAGAGAACAAGAGCACAGACUAGAGUUUUUGUUGCGCUAACUGUCAGGUAGUGGCGGAUGGAGCUGAUCUGACGGAUGGCGGUGUAUGCUGAACGACAAAUGUGAGAGAUAUGUUUAUCGAGAGACAUGUUGUUAGAAAGAAUAUAACCAAGAUUCCUAGCAGAGGGUGUAAACUGUAUGUCGGAGUUACCUACUUGAAAUGAGGUGGGAAGAGUUGAGGUAGAGGAUGAUUUGUGAUUGUAAAUGAGGAGUGCUUCUGUUUUGUCAUCAUUAAGCUUCAACUUGCUGAGUGUCAUCCAAGACUUGACAUCAUCAAUGCACCCCCGCAAAGUCUGGACAGCGGAAUCGACAAGAGAUGGAUGGGUAUGCAUGUAUAGCUGCGUAUCAUCUGCAAAUGACUGGUUCUCAACAGCAUGCCUCCCGAGCAAGAGGAGUAGUGGUCUGGUAUACAUUAUGAAUAGAACCGGACCCAAAACGGACCCCUGUGGCACUCCGUACACCAAAUCAGCACUGCCGGAGAGACAGCCAUCGACAGAGACCAUUUGCGUUCUAUCAGAGAGGUAGGACCUAAACCAAGCCAAAACCGAACCAGAAAUUCCAAAGUAGUUUUCAAGGGUUUUGAAAAGGAUUUCAUGGUCAACAGUGUCAAAGGCCGCACUGAGGUCUAAGAGGAUCAAAAUGGAGACAUUACCGCUGUCCAUUGCGCGCAAGAGGUCAUUACUGACUCUCAAGAGAGCUGUCUCCGUGCUAUGGAAAUGUCUAUAGGCCGACUGAUUAGAACUGAGAAGAGAGUGAUCAUUUAAGUAAGCAAAAAGUUGUUUUAGGACUAGUUUUUCAAUAACUUUAGAUAAAAAUGAUAAGUUAGAUACAGGUCUAUAGUUUUUUAAAUUAUUUUCAUCCAGACCGGGCUUCUUAAGCAAUGGUUUGAUGACAGCUGAUUUGCAAAGAGGCGGAACAGUGCCAGAAUAUAAGCUUUCAUUUAUUAUGCGGGUUAUUGUUGGGAGCAAGAUAUCUAAUGACUCAACCAACAGGGGGGUUGGGAUGGGAUCCAAAGAACAUGACGUAUGUUUAGAUUUUAGGAUUAUAUUUUUUACCUCAAGUUCUGAAACAGGUUUAAAAAUAUUAAAAUGUGAAGUAAGACAAGGGAAAGGAGGCAAUUCAAGGGGAGGGGCAUCAAGACGAUCAAGCUCAGCUAUGAUAAGUGGGGAGAGACUACAACAAUAUUAUAAUCAGGGGGAAAUACUGUCAUAAUAUUAUAAUAAAGGGCUAGAGACUACAACAAUAUUAUAAUAAGGGGUUAGAGACUACAACAAUAUUAUAAUAAGGGGUUAGAGACUACAACAAUAUUAUAAUAAGAGGUUAGAGACUGGAACAAUACUGCCGGACUAUAAUUUUUAUGACAUAUAUAUGGGCAUCAUCAGCAAUAGUUUUCAACAUCACAAAUAGUUGUUAGACUGUAUUUCUUUAGUUAUUAUGCACGUUUUUUCUCUUUCUUACCAAUAAAUUACACCUAUUAAGUAUCAAUAAUAGACAAUAUACUCCAUAUCUGAGAGUGAAAUUGAAUUGUUUUCUUUCUUAAACAUUGACUUUUAAAAAAAUAUUCAUGCAGCAAUAUUCUUCAUAUUGCAUCACACAAUAUUAUAAUAAAGGGGGAGAGACCAUAACAAUUUUAUAAUAAAAAGUGUUGGACUGCAAUUUUAUAAUAAGUGGGGAGGGACAUUUAAAACAUAGUUCUUUGUUAUUUAAUUUUGAUACAAAUACAGACUAAAUGAAUAAGUAACUAUUUAUUAAAAAAUUGAUAAUAUGAAAUGAAAAUGGGAGAACUGAUUGCAGGGCAUCUAUUAUUAUUUUAAUCAAAUGUUUCUGUUAUAUUUUUUUUUUAAAUAAAAAGAUAUUGCAGACUAAGACAGGGAUAUAACUUGCUGAUGCCAGAUACACAUAUGUGACUGACAUGACACAAAACUUAUCCCACUAAUGUACACAUUUGAUUAGCAUACAUACGAGGGGAAUGCGUUUCUUACCCUGAGACUGCCUGUAUUUUAUUGCAAAGAUAUCUUUUAAUGUCUCAAUUUUAGGGAAGUAUUGUCUUGCUUCAACACACUCACUAAUGAUCAGGACUGCCGAGCUGUAGUGCUUUCUGGUGCAGGCAAACUGUUCACAGCAGGUAUGAAUGUGUAUUUAGGUAAAGCACAUCAGUAAUAGACUGCUAAUGUGCAAAAAUCAACAAGACAAUAAGCAGAGUUAUAAACCAUAAGGCCGGUCUCAACAAUGUAAGAAUGAAGCAAAUUUUAUUGGAUCCUAAUGGCAAGAGCUAAAAAAGCAUACACACAAUAGGACAAUGAAUGUUGCUAUUGGCCAGUUGCUUGUGAGUGACUUAUGCCUUUGAUAUUCUCAUGUGCUUUUGUAAUGCAUUUUUUGUCUCCAGCAUAUGCUGACCUUUUGUUUGGAAAAAUAGCGGUAGCAGGAAGUUGAUGAGCUCAGUUUUAUAUAAAAGUAAUCUUGUUGUUUUAUUUGGUGUCAUUUCUAUUCCAGGCUUGGAUCUUUAUGAAAAUGAAGUGUUUAAAAAGCUGAUGGCAUCAGAGAGUUCCGAUUCUUCCAGGAAAGCAUUCCAGAUUGGACAAGGAGUCCGUGAACUACAGGAGUCAUUUAAUGCCAUUGAGAAGGUGCUGCUUCUUGGUUGUAAAAUGUUUGUUUUUUAUACAUUUAUUAUUUCUGUGAUAAUGUAUGCCAUUGAGCCGCCUUGUAAUGUGGCGCUUACACAUUAAAAUUUUUUUAUAAAAUAAUAUUACAUAAAACUGCCAAAGCAAAUCAUUAGCAUAUUUGAAAUUAAAUAGGUUUUAAUGUUGAGGAAGAGAGUUUGAAAUCAAUAAUGAACUGAAUUAAUUUAUAUGGUUGUAUUUAAUUUGAAGAGCCAUUUUUCUACUGUCAACAUUCUACUCUGCUUACUGCCAAUACAAAGUACGGUCAGCUUUUUUUUCAAAUGGUUCAAGUAAUUUGAAAAGUUUGACUAUUUAUCAGUAUUAUGUGUUAUCAAUAAAUCUAAUCAUGGUGAAAUAUUUUUCUGCCGAUGCACUUCACUGUGAAGUAAAAAAUGAUGAUCUUGUGAAUUCUAGUGCCCUAAGCCUGUGAUCGCAGCCAUUCAUGGUGGAUGUGUCGGUGGUGGGGUGGACAUGAUCUCAGCAUGUGAUAUCCGAUUUUGCUCACAAGAUGCGUGGUUCCAGAUUAAGGUGGGUUCCUUCAAAGAUUUUACAGAUGCAGGUAUAUAGAUAUUGCUAUAGGGUAAGGUAUAGGACUUGGCUUUUAAGUUUUGAAGUUUGGCACCUUCUUCCUUAAUUAAUACACAUUCACCUUAUGAAUGUCAAACAAAUAUGGGACAUCAGUAAUGCAAUAUAUACCGGUACAGGGUACUUGUGAAUGUAUCAAAGUCAUGUCGUAUUAAAACUAUCCCUCCAACAGCUGAUGCCUAGUCUUAGAACUAGAUAUUCUCAAUUUGUUCCUGGUAUUGCAUGACCCUAGACUAGUUUAAGAGAUGGCUGAGGAAGGACCCGGAAGUGGGGGUGAGGUGGGCUGUUAUAAUCAAUAAGUCAAGAAUUUGCUGACUGAUAAAUUGUAAGCUAUAAACCAGUUUGAUAUUGUAAAUAAUUUUGAAAAACAUUCUAAUCAAUAAAAAGUCUCCAUUUUUCAGUUUACGAAAAAACAUGGUUUUGCAUAAUUUUUCAUAAUUAUAGGAAGUUGACAUAGGCCUAGCAGCUGACCUUGGAACUCUACAGCGGUUUCCCAAAAUCAUUGGCAAUGAUGGUCUCUUCAGAGAGCUGGCAUAUACAUGUAGAAAGUUUCACUCCGAUGAAGCUAAGUCAAUGGGAUUAGUAAGGUUUGUACAUUGAUUGUGUCAGUACUGUCAUGCUUGAUUCAUAAGGUGUGUACAUUGAUUGUGUCAAUACUGUCAUACUUGAUUCAUAAGGUGUGUACAUUGAUUUUGUCAAUACUGUCAUGCUUGAUUCAUAAGGUUUGUACAUUGAUCGUGUCAAUACUGUCAUGCUUGAUUCAAAAGUUUAAUCCCCCGCCCCGCCCCACCCUGCUUUUCUGGGAAGUGGUCACAUUUUGUACUCUUUAUUUCAAAUUUGGAUUUUGCAGUGGCUUGAAAAAGUUACAGUGGUGAAAAAAAUCAAAACACGUCGUUCACUAACUUUUUUCCAAGUGACAACUUUAAUCAGACCAGCUGUAACAUACAUGGAUGGAGAAUACGAACCAACCAGGAAUUGUAUAGGCUGUAUCAAGAUCCCACGCUAGUAGAAAAAAUAAAUAAAGGUGGGGACUCUUAAAAAGAAUGGCAUUGACGGGGGAGUGAAGAGGGUGCAUCACCAAAACCCCAGAAGAAAACGGCUCAAAGGCAGACUUAGGCUUAGAUGGAUGGAUGAUGUGGAGAAAGAUCUUCAUCAGCUGGGUCAUGUUGCUUUGGGGGAGUUACAAAGUUCAUGUUGGGUCAGUGGAGUUACAAGGUCAUGUGGAGGUCAAGAUAUAUUUGGGUUGUAUUAACAUGGGAGUCAAGACAUGCAAGCUUGUUCAUCUUUGUAGAUGAGUUGUGAAAUUUUGUAUCUGGGAUGAUGCGCCUCUGUAAAAGUUCACAAGUUCACAAACACUUGCCUUAGAAAGAUCCGGAACCUGGGAAUCCAAGUAGGGAAAAGAAAACAUCAGUUGCCAUCACAUCUAAGUAUUAUUGUUGGUUGCAGUCACAUCUAAGUAUUAUUGUCGGUUGCCAUCACAUCUAAGUAUUAUUUUUGGUUGCAAUCACAUCUAAGUAUUAUUUUUGGUUGCAAUCACAUCUAAGUAUUAUUUUUGGUUGCAAUCACAUCUAAGUAUUAUUUUUGGUUGCAAUCACAGCUGUUUUAUUGUUUACUUUCAGCCGUAUACUGCCUGAUAAAGCGUCAUUAAUUGAUGCAGCUGUUGAGCUGGCCAAACAAAUUGCUGAGAAAAGUCCAGUGGCUGUUCAAGGGACAAAGGUCAAUGUUGUAUAUUCCAGGGACCAUGGUGUUUACCAAGGGCUGGAUUAUAUGGUAAGAAAAAAAAUGUCGACCUUGUCACUGAUAAUUUUUAAAAUUAAUUUCAUAGUUUAUAUGAACUGGUGGUUAUGUCCCAUAUUAUAAGUCCACAGUAAUCGAUUGUGGCCCUUUGCCCCAAGCAUUAGAUGGGGGCUGUUCACAUAUUUGAUAAAAUGAAGGGGUUAGGGGGUGGUUUAUCAUCUUGAUAUAUUGUGUUAUAAGAGGUGGGGGAUGAUGGCGGUGGAGAGCAAUGUUAUAUAACAAUUCUUUUAAUUUUUUAAAAUGUCUUUUAUUAAUUCUUUUUUUUUUAAAAAUAAUUCUGCUCUUCAAAUUUAUGAAAUUGACCUAGAUUAUUAAAACUUUAAUGUAUUUUUUAUUGACAGUAAUGGAUACAUUAUUGUAAAAACUAUUUCUGGCUUUUUGCUGGAAAUUUGUGUGUUUUUGGACUUAUUUUUUUUUAAAUGUUUUUUUAGGAUGGGGUGCUAGAAUUAGAACUGUCAUAUAAUAUGAGUAGGUGGGUUCUAAAUGAAAAAAUGGUAUGUAAUAAUAUAAGGGUUAGAGGGUGGCUCGAAAAUGUCAUAUUAUUGUGUCAUAUAAUAUUUGCAUAGAUCCAUACCCUAAGUGAGUCUAGUCGGUAUCCAUUUAGUCAAACUCAUUCAAAUAGUGUUAAGAAAACACCUAAAACCACGCGUUUCACCUAAAAGCAUUUGGUAUUUCUUGGAAAUUAAGAUCACAUGACAUUUUAGCCUUGAAGUUGCAACAUUUUUAUCUAUAUAGAAUUUUUAUGUAAUAAAUAAAUAAUUAAAGCUUUCAAUUAAAAAAUAUUAAUAAAUUGUAUAAAAUCUGCUUGAGUGUCUCUCAGAGCUAAAUAAAUGAAGAUCAUGUCAGCCUCAUGCUAGGAAACUAUCACUAAAUUUUGCAAUCUGACAAAGCUGUUAAAGGGAUUUGCAGAUGGCUAUUGUGGGAAAGAUAUCUAAAUAAAAAGUCACUUCCUGAUAUCACUAAGCAAAUUCUUGAAUGUUUCCCCACUAGGCAACCUGGAAUUCAGCAAUGCUCCAAUCAGAAGAUAUUCCCAAGGCUGUUGGUGCAUCAAUGCAGAAGCAGAAGCCUGUCUUUUCUAAGCUGUAAACAUUAUUUAUUUGUGAUAAGAAAAUAUUUAAUUUAUGAAUGGUCACAAAAUCUUUUUCAUGACAAAAAUAUCUCCCUUGAGAAUACAGGGUUAUCCUUAGGGCUACACUGUGGCUACUAAAAUGUAUGACUGCAGCAUGUAUGAUAUGAAUCUCCACUGGGGUUUUAAUUUCCAAUGCAAAUUUGUAAAAUAAUUUAAAACUUUUUAAAAAGAAAGACAUCAUUUCAUAAUAUUCAAUGUUUUUAGUCUGGAGUCUAUUAUUUAUUGCACUGGUUCAACCACUGGCGCUGUGAGACAAAUCUACUCAUGCUCUGCAGGUCUAUUGUUCAAAUUAAUUUGUUUUUUCAUUUUUAAAAAAAAUUGUAUUAAUUAUAUACAAAUUAAAUUAAAAGAAAUUCCUUUCUAUUUUUGCCACUGAUUACAAUGAUUUAAGUUUGAAUUUUCCUCAGCAAUGUAAAAAUGGCAAUGUAAUUGUGUUUUAUAAAAGUGUUAUUUUUGAAUGAAUGAUACUUCUUCUAUGUCAACAAUCUAUACUUGUUAACUUGUAUGUUCAUAUUGACCUAUGGCUUUAUAAUGCCUUUGAUUAAGAAAUAAAAUAUGUUUAACCAGAAAACAAAUGUGUUUCUGUUGUGAAGUCUAAUAAUGUUUUAAUCAAGAUAAUUGAAUGUAUCUAUAAACCAUCAAAUAAUUGAAUUUCAGCUUAUUAACUUAGUAAUUAAUACAUUUGUAGGAAAUCUGUUAUUUGAAACAUAUUCUUCUUCUUCUAUAUCUUAAGGUCCCACGAUCAAUUUAUUGAUCAUUUUGGCUCCUAUGCAUGUAGAUGGGAUUUGCUAUGUUUCUGUUACUGGUGUUGAUGAGGAAAUCAUGCACUAGGGGUUUGAAGGCUUGAGGCAA